AUGUCGGACCAGCAGCAACCAGGGUCCGGGUCAGAGUCGAGAUUUACACCGCAAAACAAGACCACACACGAACGGCUGUCAACGAACACCGUCGGGCUCGUUGCCCUAUCCGACUUUCGCAAGCGACGCGCCGAGGUACUUGAGCAACAGGAGCGCGAGGCACGAGAAUCGGCGCUUGCUCGUACAAAUGCAUCAACACCAGAUCGCUCACUGACCGCGACACCAAACAACGCCGCCAGCAGCGACCACAGCGAGGGGGAGCGGGCAAAGCGGAAAAAGAAGCGCAUCACCAAGGCUCUGGUCUCGUUUGGGGACGACGAGGAUGGCGGCGACGGCGAGAGCGAGCAGUUCACGGGGAAGAAGAAGGGUAAGGUGAAGGGUGCAAGGAGGGAUGAAACGGGCGGCGGAGGCGACAUUGAAGAGGUGGCAGCGGCUGAAGGCAAUGGCUCAGCCGACGAUAAGGAGAAAGGCAACGACAACGACAAUGGCAAGGAUAGUGAAAAGGACCAAAAACGGCCAGCCAAGGUGGCAGUCAACUCGUCAGUCGGCGUUGUACCGCGGGCGCUGACCAAAGCCGCGUUACGACGGGAGGCGGCCGAGCGGGAGGCGCUGCGCAAGGAGUUCCUGCUGCUGCAGGCGGCGGUCAAGGCGACCGAGAUUGCCAUCCCAUUCGUCUUUUACGACGGCACCAACACGCCGGGCGGCGUGGUGCGGGUGAAGAAGGGCGAUUUUGUCUGGCUGUUUCUGGACAAGAGCCGCAAAGUCGGCGCGCAGUUGGGCGUUGGUGCAGACAAGAGCUCCAAUGCCAGGAGAGAUUGGGCGCGGGUCGGGGUUGAUGAUUUGAUGCUUGUCCGGGGGAGCAUCAUUAUACCACAUCACUAUGAGUUCUACUUCUUCAUCAUCAACAAGACGGCAGGGCCGGGCGGUAAGCUCCUCUUCGAUUACAGCGCCGAAGUCGUUCCCCGGGCCGAUCCUUCAGGCUCGGCGGGUAUCAGCGGCGCCGCGCCGCCGCCGCAGGUCCAUCUCUCGGAACUCGAAGGCGCGUCGGACGAUCCAACCUUCACCAAGGUGGUUGACCGGCGAUGGUAUCAGCGCAACAAGCACAUCUACCCGGCCAGCGUCUGGCAAGAAUUCGACCCGGAAAAGGACUACCAGAGGGAAAUCCCCCGGGACCCCGGCGGCAAUGCCUUUUUCUUUUCGAAGUGA